CAUAAUUCCGCCAAACUUUACCGCUUCGUUUGCGGCCAUACGUUUUUGCAGUUUUUCGCCCUCUCAGUUGGUGGCUAUAUAAAGAAAAUCUUUACAAUUAGUGUUAAAUCUAAAAAUAAUCGUUUUUCUUAUCAAUUUUGUUUUUGUUGUUCAAUAGAGCUAAUAAUGCAGUAGUGGUUUGGAUAGUGACAUGUAAAAACUUAUAUAUUUUAGUUACGCUUUUGGUGACGCAAAAAUUACGCAUUUGAAAAAUGUCUAAGGAUAUACGCUCAUUUUUCUCAUUGGGAGCCAAAAACAAAAAACCGGAAGCACCAAAGCCGGCUGCUCCGGCAGUAACUAAACGAAAGGCAAUUGUUUAUAGCGAUGAUGAGCAAGAGGAGGACCGUAACCGGAAGACGACACCGUCGACUGCAUCUGAAAAGGCAAAUUCUCAAGUUAAGAAACGACGUGUUAUCGAUUCGGAUGAUGAGGAUAAAACUCCAAUAAAAUCUGAUAAGAAAAUGAAAGCUGCGCCGAAUUUGUCCAAGCUAAAACCAGUAAGCGCGGCUGACGUGUUCAGUUCGGCACCGGUAAAGCGGACCGAAGUUCCUCGGCCUAGUAAGAAAGCUAUCAAAGAGGAGAUAGAAAUACAUUCGGAUGAGGAAUUUGAAAAAACCUUGGCAGCAUUGGAUGAUAGUGGUGUCGUACCGGAAACACCAACCGCGAAGAAAGCAAGUCCACGAAAACAUGUCAAAGAUGAACGAAAAACUAAUGGUCAUGGUCAUCACCAUGAGGAACACAAAAAAGUUAAGGAAGAGAAGAAACAUUCACCUGAAAAGGUUAAAGAAGUAAAGAAGAAGAAUGCUACACCGGAAAAGAAAGUGUUACCGAAGGUGGAAAAGACCCCCAAAGAGAAGAAACCGGUUAUUAGUAAGGAAUCAAGUACCGAAGAAAGUGUUACUCCGAAGGGCCCAAAAAGGAGUCUUAAUGAAUCCGUUUUAACCGAUGAAGAACGACAUGAGCGCAAGAGAGCUUCUGCUAUGCUCUAUCAAAAAUUCAAAAAUCGACAGGGUCCGUCAGCUCCGGGCAGUAAAGAAAUUCCCAAAGGCACACCAAACUGCCUCACAGGGUUACAGUUUGUAGUUACGGGUGUGUUGGAAUCGAUGGAACGUGAUGAAUGCGCUCAAGUCAUUAAAGAUUUCGGUGGAAAAGUGGCAACUGCAGUCACGAAGAAGGUAACUCAUAUGGUCAUCGGUGAAGAGGCUGGUCCUUCAAAGUUAUCCAAAUCGGAGGAACUUGGUAUACCUCAACUAUCCGAAGAUGCUUUGUUUGAUUUAAUUCGAGAGAAAUCUGGUCUCCCUGUGAAAGCAAGUUCGAAAUCUUUGUCGCCUUCGGAAGAGAAGGUUAAAGUAAAGGAAGAGAAAUCCCCCUCCAAGGAGAAGAAACGCAAGAAGACGGAGGAAGCAGAGUUGAAGAAAAAAUCCCCGGAGAAAAAACACUCAGAAUUGAGCGGUUCACUUUCUAAAUUACCAAAAAUUCCUGAACUCGAGAAAUCUUCUCCUGAAAAGGUUAAGAAAACAGAAUCUCCCAUCAAAAUUAAAUCUUCAUCAGAAAGCCAGGCGCCCUUUAAGAGAGAAGAAAGUACGUACCAAAAAGAUAUUCAAAGCACCGAUAACAUGGCGUGGGUAGAUAAGUACAAACCAACAUCGGUGAAGCAAAUAAUCGGCCAAUCAGGAGCUGCUAGUAACGUACAAAAGUUGAUGAACUGGCUAUCGAAAUGGUAUUCUAACCGAGAUCCUAAGAAAAAAAUCCCUCGUCCAAGUCCGUGGGCUAAAAACGAUGACGGAAGCUUCUUCAAGGCAGCUCUACUUUCUGGUCCUCCAGGAGUGGGUAAAACUACUACGGCAACACUGGUCUGCAAGGAGCUGGGCUUCGACGCGGUUGAGUUCAAUGCGUCCGAUACCCGUAGCAAGAAGCUACUGAAGGAAGAGGUCUCCGAACUGCUGAGCACCAAGUCGCUGUUCGGUUAUUUUACCGGUGGUGGCAAGGGUGACAAAGUCACCCACAAACACGUACUGGUAAUGGAUGAGGUCGACGGAAUGGCUGGCAAUGAAGACCGUGGUGGUAUACAGGAGUUGAUCGCGCUGAUCAAGGACAGUCAUGUACCGAUUAUUUGCAUGUGUAAUGACCGGAAUCAUCAGAAGAUGCGCUCGUUGGUUAAUUAUUGCUACGAUCUCAAGUUCAAUAAACCUAGGGUUGAACAAAUUAAGGGAGCCAUGAUGUCAGUUUGCUUCAAAGAGGGUCUCAAGUUGGCACCUGGAGCACUAGAGGAAAUUAUCGCGGGUACUGGUGGUGACGUUCGUCAGACGUUGAACCACCUUGCGCUUUAUAGUGCUGGCAAAGCUUCCGGCAUUAGUCUGAGCGUCGAUAAAGCCAAACAGGGAGCGGAAUCAGCUCGCAAGGAUGUAAAAAUGGGACCAUGGGAUGUGAUUCGCAAAGUAUUUUCAGCAGAAGAGCACAAGAGCAUGUCAAUUCAUGACAAAUCGGAUUUGUUCUUUCACGACUACAGCUUGGCCCCGCUGUUUGUCCAGGAGAACUAUUUGAAGGUUACUCCAAAGGUACCGAAAUCACAACACAUGGAUCAGAUCGCCUUGACUGCAGACAGUUUGAGUCGAGGAGAUAUGGUGGAUCGUAGGAUCAGAUCCAAUAUGGCGUGGUCCUUGUUGCCGCUACAGGCAAUGUACAGUUCCGUUUUGCCAGGGGAGUACAUGGAAGGUUUCUUCAGUGGUCAGAUAAAUUUCCCCGGUUGGUUAGGAAAGAAUUCUAAAGCAACGAAAAGGAAGCGACUGGCACAAGAAAUUCACGAUCACACUCGAAUCAGUAGCUCUGGAUCUAGGCUUUCCGUUCGUUUGGAUUACGCUCCAUUUUUGCUGCAAGCGAUUGUUCGUCCACUAAAAGAGAAAGGAUCCGAUGGAGUUGACGAGUCACUUGCUGUCCUCAAAGAGUACCACCUGCUGCGGGAAGAUCUGGAAUCGUUGGUCGAGUUGACAACCUGGCCCAAACAAAAAAAUCCUAUGGAUGGCGUAGAUGGCAAAGUUAAGGCUGCCCUCACGAGAGCUUACAACAAGGAGGUUGCGCCAUAUUCUUACUCAGUAAUGAACGCGGUUAAAAAGAAGAAGGCUGAGGCGGCCGACGAGGCUGCUGAACUGUACGGCGAUGAGGAAGAAGAUAACAACGCGGUUGUUGAUUCCGACGAGGAAAAGGAAGACGACGAUUUGGAGAAUAAUGCUUUCAUCAAGGUAAAAAAGAAGCCCGCGGCAAAAGCAGGAGCGUCAAGUUCAUCAGCUGCUGGAAGCAGUAAAGCUGGAGGAUCGAAAGCGAAAGCAGCUGGUUCUACCAAAGGCAAGAAAAAGUAGGCGUGUUUGAUAAUCUUCUCCAAACUGGCUCUCAUUGCAGGUAAUACUACCUUUUUUGUGUAUUCCAUUAUUGUUGCGGAUGUAAUAAAAUUACACUUACAGUUCGUUUUUCGAUUGAAUUGUUUCGAA